AGGCCACGCCCCGUUGCCGGUGGCAACGCCCCAUCACUGGCCACGCCUCCGCCACCGCCCUCCCGCCCAUGGCCCCUCCGAGUCGCUUCCCGUAGGAGGAGGAGCAGGAUGGACGUGCUGCGGCCCCCCUUGAUAACGAUCGGGGGGCGAGUGUACCGGAAAAAUCUCAUCCAAGAGCAAGCCUUCCCACACGAGGAGGAGGAGGACUUCUGUACAGGCCCCGGUGACUGCGCGGACGAGCCCUGCGAUGCCUUUGUGGUGGAGGAGACUGAGCGAGGCUUCCAGUGCCGGGUGGAGGCUCCCAGCCCCUUCUACAAGUACAUCAUUGGGAAGAAAGGGGAAACAAAGAAGAGGCUAGAAACAGAGACUCGAACCUCCAUCAGCAUUCCCAAGCCUGGAGUGGAAGGAGAAAUUGUGAUCACGGGGCAGCAGCGGAGCGGCGUCAUCUCUGCCCGGACGCGGAUCGAUGUGCUCCUGGACAGCUUCCGCAAGAAGCAGCCCUUCACACACUUCCUGUCCUUCGCUCUCAACCAGCCUGCCAUCCAGGAAAAGUUCCUGCAGUUCAAGGAGGAGGUGUUGGAGAAAUGCUCAAAGGAUCACGGGGUCAGCAGCAGCCUGUUCCAGAACCCUGCCAAGCUUCACCUGACUCUUGGGACGCUGGUGCUCCUGAACGAACAAGAGAUCCAGAAAGCGUGUGACCUCCUGCAGCGAUGCAAAGAGGACUUUGUGGACCAAAUUACUGGAGGCCAGCCCCUGACUGUGGAGGUGGCAGGAGUGGAGUACAUGAACGAUGACCCUGCCAUGACAGACGUCCUUUACGCCAAAGUCCACAUGAAGGAUGGCUCAGACAGAUUGCAGAUGGUCGCUGAUCAGCUGGUGGAGCGGUUUGUGGCCUCUGGCCUGAUGCUUAAAGAAUGGGAUAGGGUGAAGCUGCAUGCCACAGUCAUGAACACUCUCUUCAGGAAAGAUCCAACUGAAGAACGAAACAACACAAUGACUGGUAAAUCAUCUUUCAAGGAGAGGGAGUCAUUUAAUGGCCAAAAUAUCCUCAAGUUUGUCACUUCGUGAGUCCUACAUGGAAUGCAUGCAGAACACCCAUGAGAUGGCAUCUGUGAAUGUACCAAGAGCUUCUUGGCGUUUACAUGGCAUUUACUUUGGCUCAGGAAAUAAAAAUAUAUAAAGGAAACCUCCCAUCAUGCGCCGUGGAGCUUUCUCUGUGAACUUGCUGCUUCUUAUAUUGGUGGUACUUUGCCAGAGAGAGAUGGUCAUGUUGUUUCCAAGGCACUGCACCAGAGAUUUAAUGGUAAGGGAUUUUCCUGUGUCAUAGAGGAGAUAGCCCUGACUUGGGUAUCUCCCAAAAGAGAGGCCACUGGGGCUUUUAUGACACAAGAUUUUCUCCCUCCUGAAGUCUGCCUGCUUUAUUCUCCCUAAGGGAGAUGAGGUGAAAAGGUCUCUGCUGCUGCCUUUUAUAUCUUGCCAGAGGCUGGAAGAAAAGGAGAGGGGAAGGGCUGUUCCUUGCAUUAUCCAUGUGGAAGGACUGGAUGCUAUAUUGGGGAUGGAGAGACACUCCAGAGCCAGCUGCACACUUGCAGAACAGAACAAUCUGCAGCCUUGUGCUGGUGGUGACAGCCAGGUGACAACCACUCUCUCUGUCCUUCCUCCCUGUCUUCCACCCUCUGCACAACAUUUUCCAAGACUGUAACACCUGAACAGCCUUGGAAAUAUUGAAUUCCCAGCCAGCCAUUCUUUAAAAAGUCAUGGAAAGGAAGCAGUUGCUAAUUUGAGGAGGAGGUUGGGAAUGCUGGGAAGAGCCUCCUCUCUGGAUGAAUGCCUGCCUACCUGCUUUUCCUAUGCUUCUCAUGCAUUAUUC